AUGCAUUCCCACGUCCGCCCCAAUACGCACGUUGCGCUGCGACUGCCCUCAGGCCUCUUCAAGAUCGUCGAAAUCACACCGAAUACGAGCAUCAAUCUCGGCAAAUUCGGCACCUUCAACUCCAACCUCCUCCUCGGCCGCCCGUACUAUCUCACCUACGAACUGCUCGACAAGGACGAUGGCAAAUCCAAGACGGAGCUGCGCGUCGUACCCGCUUCCGAACUCCACGCCGAAGCUCUAGGCAGCGACCAUGCGCCCACCGCCGAAACUAGCGAAGAGACUGCCGAGGGUGCUGCGGGUGCUACGGGCUUCGACAUUGUGGGAGAAGAUGGGCAGGUCAUCAUGCGCAACAACCGCUUGACCGUCGACGAUGCUUCACGGCAGGCGCUGUCAAUGGCUGAGAUUGAGGAGCUGAAGAAGGCAGGCGCCGGCUCCGGUAAGGAGAUCAUCGCCAAGAUCAUGGCUUCUCACAACGCAAUCGACGAGAAGACGAGCUUUUCGCUGGCCAAGUACACCUUGCGGAAGUCGAAGAAGUACCUGAAGCGCUUCACCGCCCUGCCCAUGGAUGUUGGUCUGCUCACAGAGUAUGUUCUGGAGAAGGAGGCAUACAAGAUCAUGGAGCUGAGGGAAGAUUUACUGGGCUUGAUCAAUAGCUGGGCCAACAUACACUCUGGAGCGACGAACCAGGUUCACUUGGCGGAGGAUGGAGUCAGCCAGGUAGGAGGGGGCCGAUGGCUCGUGGUAGAUGAUACCGGAGGUCUUGUCACAGCAGCGCUUGCCGAGAAGAUGGGCAUCCUCUACCCUGAGGACGAAUACGACGACUCAUCUCCAGAAGAAGAGGCAGCUGACGUCGACAUGAACAGCACGCCAGCACCGACCUCCGCCCCAGAGCCCAAAGACACCGACACCGCUAUGCCCGACGCCGACGCCACAACAACCACAGACCCCACAGCCACCCCUUCAGAUCCUCCCCCACGCCCACGAAAGCCCCCACGACCACACAUCCCGCAAAUGUCCGCCCAAACCAACACCCUCACCGUCCUGCACCCCAACAACCAACCCAACCUCUCCUACCUAAAAUACUUCGGCUACGACUACGGCAACCCCACGCCCGCCCACCCCCUCUACAAACACCUCAAAUCGCUCUCCUGGCUCGCCCUCCUCCACCCCGAAGACGACCCUUCCUACGACGAGCCCGAGAUAAUCUCCGAGGAAGUCCUUGCAAGCAUGAAGUCAACGAAACGCGGUACCUACUAUAAGAAGCGCAGACGUUGGGAGCGGGUUAAGAGCGUGGUAGAUGAGACGAAGAGGGGUGGGUUUGAUGGGUUGGUGGUUGCGACGGCGAUGGAUGUGAAGACUGUGUUGAGGGAGUUGGUGCCGCUUGUGAAGGGUGGGGGCAGGAUUGUGGUGUAUAAUCCUAAUGUUGAGCCGUUGGUUGAGUUGUGCGAUCUUUAUUCGAAAGAACGCCGCGCGGCGUAUAUCGCACGCGAAUUUGGGCCUCCGCCGCAAACCAACGGUCACGGUACAAGCAACACCAACGGCAAACGGGUCAAAAUCGAAGAAGACGUCGAUACCCCAGCAGGUACAUCGGAAGCCGACAACGAAGAAGACGACUUCCCGCUCAACCCCACGUUGGUCCUCGCACCUAGUCUGCAGACGGCUAGAGCGCGUCAGUGGCAGGUUCUUCCUGGCCGGACGCAUCCUAUGAUGACGAGUAAGGGUGGUGCCGAGGGGUAUAUUUUUACGGCUACGAGGGUGGUGCCGGUUGAGGGGAGGGUGGAGGCGAGGGGGCAUCAUGGGAAAAAGAAGAGGAGGGUUGAGGAAAGUGGGGAGGUGGCUGUUGCAGCGUCAGCUUGA